GAAACUUGUUUGGGGUGGGGGUGGCAGAGCCUGGCCCAGGCUGCCCAGGGAGGUUGUGGAGUCUCCUUCUGUGCAGACAUUCCAACCCGCCUGGACACCUUCCUGUGUAACCUCAUCUGGGUGUUCCUGCUCCAUGGGGGGGUUGCACUGGAUGAGCUUUCCAGGGCCCUUCCAACCACUGACACUCUGUGGUUCUGUGUGACAGCCCCACGUGGGAGAGUGGACACCCAUGCUACACCCAGUCCCUGUGCCUCCGGGCACGGACGGCAACGCGCGGGGUUGCGGCCCGGAGGGCGGGGACCCCACGGGAGCGUCACGGUCCCGAGUGCGGGGGGCGGAGCCUCCAGGGCGCGGCGGCCCCGCCCCAGCCCCGCCCCGCCCUCGGGGCGGCCGCCGUGGUUAAAGCUGCCGCUUGCGGCGAGAAUCGCAGGAGCUGCUGCCGGCACCAGCGAUCGCCCGUCGCCAUGGCUGAGGAGCUCAGUGACCUGCUGCGGGAGUUCGAUGAAGUGAUGGAGGACUUUGAGAGAGGCCCUGCCUGUCAGUAUGAGCAGCACCUGGAAGAGCUGAAGAGAAAAGCGGGGCACAGUGUAUAUGACAGCGGCAUUGAUGAGCUGGAGAGUACCAGCACGUCCCCAGGAAGCAGUCUCAACUCCAGCAAGGAGGACCUCAACACCCCUGCCGGUGCUUACCCCUCCACAGCUAAGCUUGGAGACACCCAGGAGCUGGAGGAGUUCAUUGCGGAUCUGGAUAAAGUGUUGGAGGAGAUGUGAGAAGUGGUUUUGCUGGCAAGUUUGGAUGGGAAGACCCACAGCAGAUGAGCCCCGUGCCUCCCUCACACAUCCUCUGCUUAUGUGCCCAUGCCACGCGCUGCCCAUGCGGGUGACAGCCGUCCCGUGCGGGUGACAGCCGUCCCGUGCGGGUGACAGCCGUCCCGUGCCGCUCUGUGCCAAGGAAGGGCAGAGACUGGUUCAGCAGCAGUGGGCCGGCAGCUGGGCUGCACUGGGGGCCAGGCCCUGCUCUGGUCAGUGUACCAUCAAGGCUCUGCCAGCAUGAGAUGGGACGAGCUCUCGCUUUGGGCACCGGGCUCUGCACUGCAAGGGGGAUCGGCAGCUCUUGUGACUGUGUGGGGUGGGGGGGUCCGGUGCCGCUGCUGCAGCCCGGGGAGAAACCCUGGGUGAUUUUUAGGCAAGAUCGGUUUGCGGUGCAGCAGUGAGACCAUGGUGUCCCCUCUUGGGUCAGGACAGCCUGUGCCCGCAGUAGCAUCUGUCGCAGGCAGUGAAAACCACUGCUGACCCUUCGCUUUGCACAAGUAGCCUCAAAUAAGGCCCCUGCCUGCACCCCAAGUGCCUCUGCCCCUACUGCUGCUGUAAAUACUGUAAAAAGGGUGUUUCACACUGUACAGAUGGGAUGUAUUUUUAUGAACAGGAUUUUAAGUCUC